AAACACAUCAUUUGCUUCAACAUUCUCAUGAAGAUGGACCAAGAUUCCAGACUCAGGGCCACGAGAAGUGCCUUCUACCUGCAGGCUGGGUUUGGCAUCUCGGCCAACACCUGUCUGCUCUGCCUGAACCUGGCUGCCAUCCUCGGGGACCAGAAGCCCAGGCUCAUCGACCUACCCAUCACCCAGCUGGACAUUCCAGGUGAUGUCAAAUGCAAAGUGCUGGUCUUCCUGCACAAGGUCAUGAGGGGACUGUCCCUCGGCACCACCUGUGUCCUUAAUGUGCUCCAGGCCCUCACCAUCAGCCCCAGUGGCUCCUCGCUGGCCAAUUUCAAAGUCAAAUCUGCAAACCCCAUCCUGGGGUCAUGUCUGUUCCUGUGGGUCCUCACCGUGGCCAUUACCAGCAACCAGCUGCUCUUCACAAUACAGGGGCAUUUUCUGCUCCUGGUAACACUCAGAGACAUCUUCUUUGUGGGCCUCAUGGCUGUGUCCAGUGGGUACAUGGCCACCACCCUCCUGCACAGACAUCAGCAGUGCUACCUGUCCCUCCACGGCUCCAGGCUGUCCCCCCAGACCUCCCCCAAGCACAGGGCCACUCACAGCAUCCUGCAGCUGCUUGGCUGCUUCACUGCCCUGUACUGUGCAGACUCUGCGCUCUCCCUGCUCAUCAGUGGGAUGAGGAGAAACGACCCCAUGCUCGGGAGCAUCCACAAUGCAGUGGCCAGCAGCUAUGGCACGCUCAGUCCCCUGGUGCUGCUCAGGGUGGACAAGCAGAUCCUGAACAUCGUGAGAGCCCAAUGGAGGAACAAAGCUAAGAUGCUGACAAGACGCAUCUAA